AUGUGUUCGGUAACCACUGGACUACAGCAGGUGCCCACUCAGAUCAAUAGAUUCUUUUUCUUUUUUCACUCUCUCUCUCUUUCUCUCUCUCUCUCUCUCUCUCUCACUCUUUAUUUUAUUUUUUGUGGUGGUAAACUGACAUAUGCCUGUCUAUUUAUCUAUCUCUCAUUCAGUUUAUUAUACCCCCCUCUCUCUCUCUCUCUCUCUCUCUCUCUCUUUAUCUAUCUCUCAUUCUGGUCAUUAUAUCCUUCUCUCUUUCUCUGUCUAUCUAUUUAUCUAUCUCUCAUUCUCUUCAUUAUACUCAUCUCUCUCUAUCUAUCUAUUUAUCUAUCUCUCAUUUUGUUCAUUAUACCUCCCCUCUCUCUCUCUCUCUCUCUAUUUAAGUAUCUCUUGUUCUGUUCAUUAUACCCUCCUCUCUCUAUCUAUUCAUCUAUCUCUCAUUCUGUUCAUUAUCUCUCUCUCUCUCUCUCUCUCUCUAUCUAUCUAUCUAUCUAUCUCAUCUUCUCUGUCCCCUGUCUUUUUCUCUUUCCCUCUAUUUCACUCUGUCACUAUCUAUCUAUCUAUCUAUCUAUCUAUCUAUCUAUCUAUCUAUCUCUGUGUGUAUAUAAAACUUCAAUAUUUAUUUUUUAA